GCCACUCGUUGCGGAGGUUAAGAGGUGAAGGGCUGUUGUCUUGUCUGGUAACAACAAGAGGCAUUAAUGGUGGCCAGUGAACGAGGAGAAGGACCAUAACGUCAAGAAUAUAGUGUCAUACAGGCCAGAACCACUCAAGAUUAACGCCAGUGCCAUAAAAACGUGUUUGUUGACGCAGUGUGGAUGUGACGUCACGACGCUGCACUGCUCAGGUGUGUAAUAAAGGGAGACGGAAACGCGAAGGUGACUCUUGAAAUUUCGAACCUUGUCAAGAAGUUCGAACCCUGGAACGACGAAGAUUCAAUCCUACAGAACAAACUUUGAACACUGAAUAUCAUCCUUUGGAAAAACAAGUCGAAUAUAAAGGAAGUGUGAUAAACAGGAAGUGACGUAGACUUCGUAAAUAUAAAGAUAAACAAACUUUCGAAACAUGACAGGAGUUGAUAAAUUGUGUUUAGUGUCUCAAUUAGCCUUGAUGACGUAAGCCUCCGGUAGAUUCCCUGUUUGAGGGUCACCUUCACCAAGUCAAGGUGACGCUGCCGUUUCCAACCCACCCCAUCCCUCUCCCAGAUAACAGGACGCCCGUAAGUUGACUCUCUCGCCAGUCGUCAGCUGAAGGUCUAGGUGGAAGGUUGUCUCUCGUGGUCGCUCCAGCCGUCUCGUGAAGGGUCGUCCGAGCCAUCUAAGAGUCCUUUGUAAGGCUUCCAAACGUUACGUGCUACACCUCCAUUCGCCCAGACGUUUAGUUAGGAUUAUCAACCAACCAAUUAGAUUCCACGGCUAUCUCCAACCUACCAAUCACUGGCCACGCUAUAUCUAAGCAACCAACCACCUUCCAGGAAGAAUAUUUUGCCAACCAAUUCCCACCCAGACAUGGUAUCUAAUCUAUCAAUGACGUCUUAAGAAAUAUUGCACACCUAACCUACCAGUUACCUCCAGAGAGUACAUCCAGUUAACCAAUCACCUUUCAGAAAGAGACUCUAACCAACCAAUCAUAAAGUAUAUCUAACUAACCACUAUCAAUAUGAUGAUGGUAAGGACAGACUGCAAUAAUUAAUGAUAAAUUAGACGCACAGACAUCGGUGAUCAUAGUUUUGGUGACUCGUACGAUUAGAAAAACACACAGAUGGUGAUUGUUACUUGGUGACAUAAAAAAAGAAAUUCACUGACCUUGGUGAUAAUUUGGUGACUUCAACGCGCAUAAAAAAACAAAUUGGUGACUUUUUGGUGUUUUAUGAAUAACAACUAUAUCUUGGUGACGCACAAAGACUCACUGAUAGAAACUUGGUGAUUUGUUGAAGUAAGAAAGAAAAUCUAUCACCAAGAGAAACAAAAAUGGCGAUGGUGACUGAAACCGCUGAGACGUCGACCAUAGACUUAACUACAAUGGACAUGACCAACCUGACUCUAAUCACCUCCCUAACGUGUACACAAGAGGUCCUCGACUUCGAACCCUCGUGUCUACAGUUCCUUGACGCGAUGGGUAUAGCUGGCUGGUGUCUGCUGGGGAUGGCGACGGUCGCCUUCCUGGUGCUGUUGGUCAUGUACAUCGACACCGUCACCCACGUCAUCCAGCACUGCCACGUCCCUCACAAGGAAACUACCGCCAUCGUCCUCACCGUCUACCCGGUGGUCGGGCUGUGUAGCUACCUGGGACUGCUGUUCCAAAAAGCAAACCUGUUCCUGGAUGCGGCGGCUCAGCUAUGGUUCGCUCUGUGUAUGUGGCAGUUCUUCUGUCUCACUGUCACCUACUUCGGCGGAGAGUCGCGCUUCGUGGCCAAGAUUAAGGGCACGGUGUUGCCCUGGAAAGGUCCUCCUUGUUGCUGCUGGCCCUGUUGCAUCUGCCCCAAGACCACAGCCACUAAACGACAGAUCCGCUUCGUCAAGAUCCUGGUGAUGCAGCAUCCGUGGGUCCAACUCAUCGUCUCCAUCUUCCAAGUCACUUUGUGGCUAGAGGGAUGGUACACCCACAUGGACAUGCGACCCAACAAUGCCUACAUCUACAUCUAUCUCUUGUCGACCUUUUCCUUCGGCUUCGGACUCUGGGCUUUCAUCGUGGGCUUCAAGGCAUCUCUCAGGCAACUGCAGGAUUUCCACUACACGCCCAAGAUUAUUACCUUCCAGUUGUGUUUGGUGUUCCUCCGUCUGCAGGCCAUCAUCGUCAACUCCAUCCUGGUGCCCAGCGGAGCCAUUCCAUGCCUCCCACCCAUCUCACCCAGAGUCUUCGCCAAUACCUUGCUCAACUCUCUCCUGCUGGGCCAGUUAGUGGUGCUCUCAGUGCUGGCCAGACACUACUACAAAUUGCCCACUCCAAUGAUCGUGCAUCUUAACAACGUCUCCGAGAGUAAAGAAGAGGUAAACGGGAAGCCAGAGAAGAACCUCAACGAUUUCAGUUCGGCUCUGGUGCCUAAUGGAACUCCUACGAUAAACGGCAAGACCCCAGGACUCCGAGAGGAAGGGGAAGGGCACCUAGUAGACCAUAACGGCGACCCGGCUGUGUGAUGACCACCAUAUUAGGGAAAACUAUUGAAAACAUUUAAUCUUUUACAUCUUCCCCUGAACAAAAUUCGCUAUAACUCUGUAAGAUAACCUGGGCUGUUAACACGCCUAACUGUGUCAAGAUUGAAGAUACUGUAUUCUAUUUUAAUCCCAAGAUAGACAGACUUCAAUUUACUGUGCCUGUAGAACGUUAUCAAAGGGAAAGCAAAUUUGUUUGGUGGAUGGACACCAGCAUUGGCUACACUUACGCUCAUAUGACAGUGUUGAAAUAUGACCAUUUUUCUCUCGUCAGCCAUUAUUGUUGAGACCUGUGGAAUAUUGUUAUUCAUUUAUUUUAUGAUAUAUGUAUAUAUAUAUAUAUUUUGUUUUAAUUUACUUUCUUAAUUGAGGUCCAUUGUUGCUGCUGUAUUAGUGUGUUUAGGUAUUUAACCCCCCAUUCUGUCUGAGCUUGAAAACUAGACAAUAAGUUUGGAGAAUUUAAGAUAUUUUCUGAAGCGCAACAUAUGGAGUAAGAUUUUAAAAUAAUUUUCUUCGGCAUUUGAGCCAUAACCAACGAAGUAAAGCAUCUUGAAGAAUUUAUUAUAGCUUUCAGUAACAUGGCUGAGAAAUAUUUCUUUCCCUCAUACACUUUGUUACUCACACAUUAUAUUUUACCUGAUCUAUCUCUCUAGAGACAGUAGUAUUAUUGGGACCUACGGCUUAUAUUGUACCGUAGAUACGAGGAUUUAAAUGUCUUGAUUUUGAAUGUUGACGUGAUAUAUAUAUACACAGGAUAAAUAUGACAUAACUGUAUAUAUUGUGAAUGUCCAUUGUUUGUGUAUAAAGUACAAGAAAUUAUAAAUGAAUUAUUGAUAAUCAGUAAAGUACCUGAACGCCUUGUACAGUGCUCGAUGGUUAUAAAACAUCUUUGUGAGCACCAUAUUAUAGCCAGACAAUUAUUAUUAGUAUUAUAUGAUAUAAACAUGUAAGAUACUUAAUUUGGUUUAUGUUAAAAUAUGUUGUUAAAAUCCAAAAAUCUCAAAUUAUUAGAUACUAGAUUUUAUCCUAGUAACCUUACACGUCAGCCUUGAACGACAGAUGCCUUGAUGAAUCUGGCAAAUAUUCUGUAGAGUUUAAGUUAUACACAUAUAUUGAUGUUGUUAACUGACACACCAGUGUAUAUUGUGCCUUAAGCUGAAUAAAUAUAUCAUUCCCUCACCACUUGUAGAGUCAUAUGAAGCAUAUUUACCAAAUACAGGAAAAUAAAUCGCAGGGAAAUGUCACAAAUCUAACAUAAUUUAAUCGAACUUUAUCGAGGCUAUAUAAAUUACCUUCUUUUAUGAGUCAAAAUGGUUACUUGUUGUGGUAAUCUUUCCUUGUGACUUCUUUUUUCCGGACACCAGUUCACCAGCUGAUCUGCAUAAACAACGAAUCAAUUAUUUUGUUUUUCAGAUCUAAUUUACCAUUGUAUCUCUCACUAGAACUAUUUAAUCUAUGAUGUUGUUCUGCAAUUAUUUUUCUUUGACACAUUAUAUUAAACGAUUAUUUUAGUGAAAGAUUAAAGGUAAGAGGAACCAUAAUGCAAAAUAUGUUACAAGAAAAUAAGAAAUACUACUCACACAUACUGUGGACUUCAUUCAUGUAAAGUUCGUCACAUUAUAAUACUCUCACAACAAAUCAUCAGUACAUAUUUGUUCUUUUAUCUGUAGAAGUAUUUAUUGAUUCAGUUGUAUAUAUUGGUGCAUUUGAUUAACCUGUACGUCUUGUCAUCAUCUUUCGUUAAUAUGAAGUUCUCAAUUGUGAUCUGGGUUUUUCCCGUUUGUCAAAUGAUGUUUGUUUGAAAUAAAUGUAUUCACUUUAAA